GGCAGUUUGUUAGAGUCGCCAUGGGUUUGGUUUUUGGUUUGGUGGGGGUUUCCAAAGCCAAAAUUUCUGCAGACUGGAGCCCAUUAGGUUCCUCUCGCUUUUGGUGGACUUCCAGCUGUGGAAAUCUGCUGGUUGCUGGCUGCGGAGAUGUUUCCUUUCCCCUGCAGGAGAGCCAGGGCCACCUCGGCGGACAGACUUCGUGAAGUGUGACUGACCUACUCGCACCCCCUGCUGCCCAUUCUCCUCUUCGUGUCUCGGCACCCAGCUGACUCCUCUGCCGGAAAUAAGGAUCCUAGGUGCGAUGGUUUCCAUGGUUUUGCCUAAUCUGUUGAUAGGAAGUUGAUCUUGCAGGCACGAGAAAGGGCACGAACAGGUCCCAUUAUUUGGUCGGCCUCAGAUGGGCCACCAGAGUUUCCCGUAAGUAAUAACAUGGUGACGGACAGUAAACACUCCCAAGACCUGACCUCACCUCCUUUGCAACCAACCACACUCACUCCCCAGAACAGACUGCUUCCUGGAGCCGGCUCGGUGCGUGGGUGGGGCCUGGAAGCGGCCUCGGGGUGCCCUCCGCGUCACGAGCCUGGGUUUCGUUUCCAGCGGGCGCUGGGCCUCGCCCUGGGUCACUGUGAGGCGAGCUGGCAGGCGGGGGACGCCGCCCGGGACCAGAGCGAGCGCCGCUCGGCCUGCGGUUCCCACGACAACGCCGAUCCCGGGCCAAUCCGGCCUCGGACGCGAGCCCCCGCCCGCCCGGGAUUUAGGAGCCGGGAAGAGCCGGCGGCCGAGGGACCCCGCGCCGGCGGGCCGGACGGAUGCGCAGCGCGGGCUCUGGCCAUGGCUCGCGGCCCGCGGCGCCCGCUCGGGCUCUGCCUCCUGCUGCUGCUGCUGCUGCUGCUCCCGGGCGCGCCCGGCCGCGAAGGGGCGGCGAGGCCCGGGGAGAGCGCCGCAGAGACGGGUGCGGCCUGGCCCGGCCUCCAGGGCCUUAAGGAGCGGCUGAAGGCGGCCGGUGCCGUCUCCAGGCGAUACUGGACUCUCUUCAUCUGCCAGAUGCGGUCCAAGGACUGCGAGGAGGACGAGGAGGCGACCACGGAGCCCCUGGCCUGGAACCUUCCCCUGCUGACCCAGCGGUACCUGGAUAUCCUGACCAUGUGGUACUGCAGCUUUCAGGGCUGCUGUGACAGUGGCGACUGCAGGAUCUCCAACAAUUUCACAGGCCUCGAGUCAGACCUGAGUGUGCGGUUGCAUGGCCAGCAUUUGGCCCAGGAGCUGGUCCUGAGAGCAGUGAGGAGCUACAUAGAGACGCCUCAGCCAGGCAAGGCCCUGGCCCUGUCAUUCCACGGCUGGUCUGGCACCGGCAAGAACUUCGUGGCCCGGAUGCUGGCAGAGAACCUGUACCGGGACGGGCUGAGGAGCGACUGUGUCCAGGUGUUCAUCGCCAUGUUCCAUUUUCCUCACCCCAAGUAUGUGGACCUGUACAAGGCUGUGCCUCCCACUGCUCCCAGCAGCUCCCUGUAUCCUAUGCAGGAGCAGCUGAGCAGCCAGAUUCAGGAAACGCAGCAGCGCUGCCACCAGACCCUGUUCAUCUUUGAUGAGGCUGAGAAGCUGCACCCGGGGCUGCUGGAAGCCCUCGAGCCACAUCUGGAGCGCCGGGCCCCCAAGGGCCACAGGGCCAAGACCCCGAGAACCAUCUUUCUUUUUCUCAGUAACCUUGGGGGCAAUAUCAUCAAUGAGGUGGUCCUGAAUUUGCUUAAGGCUGGAUGGUCCCGGGAAGAAAUUACGAUGGAACACUUGGAGCCACACCUCCAGGCUGAGAUUGUGGAGUCCACAGACAGUGGCUUUGGCCACAGCCGUCUCUUGAAAGAGAACCUGAUUGACUUCUUCGUCCCCUUCCUGCCACUGGAAUACCGUCACGUGAGGCUGUGUGCACGUGAUGCUUUCCUGAGCCAGGAACUCCUGUAUACAGAAGAGGCACUGGAUGAAAUUGCCAAGAUGAUGACAUAUGUCCCCAAGGAGGAACAGCUCUUCUCUUCUCAGGGGUGCAAAUCUAUUUCCCAGAGAAUUAACUACUUCCUGCCUUGAGGCCUACGUGAAUACUUCCUGAAGCUGGCUUCCUUCCACUAACAGGACCCCGGGGCCUGUCGGAGCACUGUCAGGGACUAUAUGGGGUGGGAAGAGUAGGCUGGCAUCCAGCGCAUCCCUAACACGUAAGUGGUAUGGAAAACGAAGGCCUUAAAUCUGAACCAGAGCCAAUUCCUAAAAUCACUUGGUGCCUUAAAGACCCGCAUUCUAAAAAGUGGGCCAGGUGGUUGGAGAAAGGCAUGUGAGAGACAAAUCCCUAGGGCUGUUAGGAUUCUAUGGAUGGUCUCCUUAGCAUCUCAAUUCUUCCAGGCAGAUGCUUAUACUUGGGAGUUGGGUCUCAGAGGGUGCAGGCUCUUCCAUUUACAGAGAAGGGAAAAAUGAAGUCCUCUGGACCCAAGGAUAGGAAUUACCCUAGGUUUGCAGACCAGGUGGGUUAGCUUUCAGUUCUCAUUCCCAGAGGAAAGCUGAACGGUUUCUGCUUAUGAACAGAAGGUCAGCAAAGGGCUUCAGGCUGGGGGAUAAGGUGCACAGAAUAUGGGUUUUUGUUUUUUUUUUAAAUCACAGCUAAGGCUUGUUCUGCUUACAGAUUAAAAAAAAAAAGUUUUAAAUUAGGGGCCUA